GAAACUCCUCAAAAACCCUAGUUUCGUUUUAAGCUUACACCAAAGCACAGCGCCGACGCCGAAUCACUAGGAGGAGAAGGAGCAGCAACAAUGACAGGCAAGACGGUGAAGGAUGUGUCUCCACACGAGUUCGUCAAGGCUUACGCUGCCCAUCUCAAGCGCUCCGGCAAGAUUGAGUUGCCUGCGUGGACAGACAUUGUCAAGACUGGUAAACUUAAGGAGCUUGCUCCCUAUGACCCUGACUGGUACUACAUCAGAGCUGCAUCCAUGGCGAGGAAAGUGUACCUGAGAGGUGGACUUGGUGUUGGUGCGUUCCGUAGGAUUUACGGAGGAAGCAAGAGGAACGGAAGCCGUCCUCCUCAUUUCUGCAAGAGCAGUGGUGGCGUUGCUCGUCACAUUCUUCAGCAGCUUCAGACCAUGAACAUUGUCGACCUUGACACCAAGGGGGGAAGGAAGAUCACAUCGAGUGGUGAGAGAGAUCUUGACCAAGUCGCAGGGAGGAUCGCAGCAGAAGCAAUCUAAAUCAAAGAUCAUCACAAUAGCUGAUUGUUCGUUUCCAGAGUUUUUAAUGUUUUCGAGUUUAGUUACAUGGAAUGAGUUGCUUUUGAAAUCAUGAAUGGGAUGUAACUUCACAUUUUUGUUUUGGCGAGACUUUUUCACCUAUUUUGCUCCUUUUUCUUUA